AUGCAGGCAAUCGCUGGCUGAGCAAAAGAGUUUCGAAGCGGUCGCCGUCGUGUACGAACGUAAAACGAGCGUGAGCGCGUAGCGUAGUGCGCCAGCGAAAAAGAAGAAUAAUCAUUACUAAUAAGCAUAUUGCAGACAAAUAUAAAAAAUAUUUGUUGAUAAAUAUCAGAAAAAUAGCAUUAAAUAAAGCAGUGUUUGCAACAAAGUCGCCUUUAAAAAUAUAUGGACAACACUCACAACUUUAUAUUCACCACACGUACUUGUCACUCAGCUGUCAGUAGAGCUAACAUUUUCAACACACCAGCUGUCAAACCGACAGAUAGAGAGAGAGAGAGUUAAAUAACUAUGAGUAAGCAGCCAGCAAUUAUUUCAUGAGACAGAGAGAAGGAUUGCUAGUAGCUCAUAAGCUGUGGUGGAUUUCUGCAAGCAAAUGUCACAGCUGAGCGGUUAGGUAGCAAAAGAGCGUAAGCGCAGUCAGGAGAAUACAUAUUGACUGCGCGCGAGAGCAAGUGACUGCAGCAAAGGCUCGCUGCCUGACUUCAAUAGCCUGCGAAGCCUUGCCAAACGCCAGCCACUGACAGAACUGAGCAGCACAGCGAAGGAAGCUGUCAACGGGCGUUAAAACGGAUAGCAUUGCGUGUGCUGCGAACGCAAAAAAAAAUAUUAAAUAAAAUUAUUGAUAAAAUUGCAAAUAGUUGUGAAAUUUAAACGAAUUUGUAGAAUAUAAUUAGAUCGAAAUCGAAAAAACGCGUAUAUAAAUCGACGCAAAACGGUUAUAAUAAGCGUAGUGAAAAGCUGCUCCAAGGCGCACACACACAGCAUUUUUGGGUGUGAAAACGAAAGUGAAAAUUUAGCACACAAACGAGAAACGAGUGCGCGCGUACGAGGCGACAGCGACGGCGGCGGCAAGACCACCUCCACUCCCAAGUGACGGCGGGUAAUAGAGAGGCGCGCGCGGUUGACGGUGAAACGUGCGACGUGGUGCGUAGAAAUUGUGGAACGCGUUGGGGUCCUAACGAAAAACGAGACAUCAGGUCGUCGCUGCAAUGUUUCAGUCUUUCAGCACUUGAGUCGACAGCUUAGUCUGGCGAGGAUGCUGUGCGUCGCUGUAACUGCUAAGGAAAUCACAAAAAUCGGCGAUUUAAUCGUGUGCGCGUAGUGGCAGCGAGGACAGACAGGCAUUCUAGAGGCACGACACCACGAAAAUAUACAGGUUUUCCCGUGGAUAAAUAUUGAAAUCGGCAAACCAAGUGCAGCGCAAGUUUACGACAACGUUCUGCGAAUUCCCUUUGCGCUGUGAUUUGUGUGUCACGUGAAUAGAGCUGUGCAGCGCUCACGAAACAAAGAAGGUCUCAAAUAAACGAAUGACGUUUAGCGCCUGCAAAUAUGCUAUAGUCAACGAUUUGGCUUGCACAAAAUUAAAAAAAAAAGUGUCGAGUGUAAAACAGCUGAGCGCCUCAGACAAGGGCAGGUUAACGCCUAAAAGUGUGCUUAAUAAUAGUUCGGCCAACUUGUGCGUGUACGCGUGUUAACGGGCGAAAGUAUGCAAUGUAUUAUGUAAAACGGGUAGUUAAGAAAAUCGACGUGAAGGCUGUGAGAUAAAAGCUGCAACACAGCAAGUGUUUGAGUUGUGAAAAUUCAGAAAAAAGGUUAAUUUGGAAAUUUUUGUGGCGCUUAAAAGUAUGCUACACUCUCGUUAGUUAGGCCAAAGUGUAAAAAGUAAACAAAUUAAUGAAAUUUGCUGAAGUGAAAUAUAAUAAAUGCUUUGAAAUACAAAGAAAUCUACAAAAAUUAAGCGCUGAAGCCUAAAAGAAGGCAAAAAUUUUAUGAAAUACAGCAAAAUAAAAGCGUUUAAGUGGCAUAGUGUUAUUGCUAAAGCAUGAAAUGAUAUGAAAGCGAAAAAUUAUUUUGCUAUACAAAAAUACAUUUCGCCUAAAACUGUGCAACGUUAAGCGCAGUAGUGUAAAGUUCACAAAAAAUUCGAAAAGUUUAAUGCAAAAAAAUAAAAAAAAAAAUAAAAUAAAAUAAAGCAUUGCAUACAUAUACUACGCACACGCUUGAGCGCCCAAAAGUCUGCUCCGCUAUAAGUGAAAAUCAACAAAAUUUGUUAGGAGAGCGAGAGAGCGUCUGGCAGUAAUUUUGGCUUGCCUAAAUAAAUUGUCUUAAAAAAGUCAUAAAUAACACAGCAGCACGUUUUAUAGCACUCGUGCAUAUAUAUAUAUAUACAUAAAGGAAAUCGACUUAAAAAAUUCACCGCACUGUGCAUAUGUAUGUAUAACGCUUGCGCGCUCUCGUAACGCUCUCUCUCAACGCAUUUCUGCUUGAGUGCGUAAAUUAUUGUGACGUCAAAAGUCAAAAUUAAAAGUUUUACUCCUUUUUUUCGUAUGCGUAUGUGUUUUUCUUUUGAUUUGAUUUGUAUAAGCGCCUAAAAGUAUACAAGCGUGGUGCGUGAAAUGUGCAAAUAUUUGCUAACCAGCGGUGUAAAUUGUAGUGCAAUCACAAAUAAACGUCAAACAAAUACUGAUUAGCCAAAAUAGCAGCAACAACAACAACAACAUAUAACCACAGCAGCUUUAACACGCAAACGUGUAGCGAAAUUUGUUCAACAAAAUGGAGCAACCCAGCAUAUUGGUGCGCAUUCUGCACUCAAUACCACAUGUGAAUUACACUUUUCAGCGGGUGAAUGACACCUUCAAUCCGGACAGUGAUGUUUAUCUUGAGAGCUUGGGCAUACUCGCCUCCAUACCCGCCGGUCUACUCAUAUUAUCGCUCUUCGGUCUGUUAUUAUAUCUGCUAACGCGUUGCUGUGAUCGUAAGCCACGCAAACCGAGCGCACAGCGUUGCCAGAGUUGCACAUUAGUCGUAAUUACGUUGAUGACAUGUGCGGCAAUUGGUUUGGGUCUCUACGGCAACGAUGAUUUCCACAAUGGCCUGCUGCAGGCUUUUAGUUCCGGCAAACAAGUCGAAGGACUCGUGCUCAAUUUAAAAAGACAGACUGAAUUAAUCAAAUUUGAUCUCGAAAUGAAAAUGUCCCAACACAAGCUCGAACAACAAAUCGAAAAAGUACAAUAUAAUCAAACCGCCGUUAUGUUGCUAAUAGACACAUGUCAAUUGGUGCGCGAGAACACCUCCAGAGCCGUUACCAGUCUUGAUAAUAUGGUUUUAUACUUUAUGAAAACGAAAGGCAGUGAAAAUGAUACAUCUCUAAUGGGAUUAUUAUAUCUCGGCGAAUUAUAUGAAUCAAUCCGUUGGCCCGUUACACUCGGUUUCCUCACGUUACUGCUGUUGCUCUGCACCAUACUGGUGAUUGGUGUGGCGCGUCGUUCGCGCUGUGCGCUGAUCUUCUUCAGCGUAUCCGGUUUAUUUUGUAUUAUAAUCUGUUGGCUGUUGGCGGGCAUUUACCUGGCAUCCUCAGUGGCGGCGGGCGAUUUCUGUAUGCGUCCGCAUGAAUUUAUGUGCCGUCAAGUGGGCAUGCGCAGUCCAUAUGUGUAUUUCCUCAAUUGCGGCACAUUGCGUAAUCGUUUCAUAUUGCGUUUGAACGAGUCACGUGACUUGGUGGAACGUGCGCGUGACUCUAUCUAUCUAAUACAGCGCAUGAGCCAGGAAACGUAUCCCCGCAUCGAUGUGCACAAAACGCUCGAAGCCAUGGAGAAUGAUCUCGAGGAGACAAAACGUAAUCUAACUGUGCUCUCGGCGACGCUUGACCGUCGUGCCAUCGAUCGGCAUUACGCCGAUGCCUUGCAUGGUCUCUGCAGUGGCGGUCUGCUCGGUUUGAGCCUUAUGAUGGUCGCCGGACUGUUGACUUCGUUUCUGCUCACCAUUUUAGUGUAUGCCGAUUCGCAUGCUUGGAUCUAUUUGAGCAAACGACCCAGCUCACUGGAUAUUGAUAAGUCUGAAACCACGCCGCUUUUCCCAUCGAACGCACCGAGCGCUAGCAUUUCACCCACCGCACCACUGCAUACGGGCACCAUGAAUCGCACACUACCGCACCAUCAGCAAUCGGCAACGCAUAGCAUCGGCGCUGGCAGUGGCAUUGGCGGCAUUGGCAGCAGCGGCACGCUGGGCUCGCAUCGCAAUGGCACCGCUGGAAUGAGAACAGGAUCGGGCCACCACACACUCGGCCGUCUACCCUCGCACCAUCAGCAGAACUCAUCGGGCUAUCUGAGCGGUCCCAAUAACGGCAAAUAUGCAACACUCAGCAAACAGUGUAAGACUCUCGAAUCUAGCGAUUUUUACUGAGAAUCGCUUGCCUGCAACACAAAUGCAGGCAUUAGCAACACCAACAACGCCAACAUUCUCGGCAGCAACAACAUCAGCAAUCACAUCAAACAUCAACAACAGCAGACCAAUUCAUUGAAAAAUAUCUUCGCUUCGGCAACGUUACCACGUUCGGCUGGCUCCUCCAUACGUUCCGUACUCUCCGCACAAGCUGUACAUCGUUCCACCGGUAAUGGUUUGGAUCGUGACGAUGAUCGUGAUCCACGCGAUGUCACUAAUAACAGUUUCAAUCGUUUCGAUCCGAAGUAUAUUAGUAUUGGACCGAAGGCGGUGCGCGGCAAUAACAAUUUGAAUAUUGUCGCCGCCGCCACAGCAAAUAAAUGUGCCACGCUGCGGCAUGUAGGCCGCUACGGUGGCUCGUUGAAGGGCGCCAGCCCCUCGCCGAAUCUGCGCAGCGCCAAGACACCCUCCAUUGCGACCGUAUCGAAGGAUUACUGCCAACAACCGGACUGCAUACCGCAAACCUAUACAACCGAAGUGAUUGUGCCACAUCAGACGCAACAACAGCAGCCGCCACCACCACCCGCACCGCUGCCACCACCAAAACCGCGUACCACCAACACAUUCACCGAGAUACCGGGCACUACGGGCGUGGGCAGCUCCUAUGCCAAAGAGCAGCAACAAAUGCUGAUGCAGCAGCAACAGUUACAACAAUUCCAACAACAACAACAGCAGCAACAACAACACCAACUGCAGCUACAGCAGCAGCAGCAACAACAGCAAUUGGCCGCACUACAAGCAGCGCAGCAGCAACAACAACAACAAACACAACUACAACUGCAACAACAGCAGCCGACGCUGCACCAGCAACUGCACCAACACCACCCGCCCACGACACACAUACUGCCACCCACGGCAGUCUACAGCAUUGAGACGUCGGGCUAUCAGCCGCAGACGCAGCAACAGCCGCAAUCGCAGUCUGCGGUGCAGCCACAACAUUUACAGCAACACAUGGUGGUUGCACAGCAGCAACAGCAACCACCACCAACGGCCGCGCCACGUGAGCCACCACGACCACCGCCACAGCGCUCACUGAAUCCGGCUUCCAUAGUCAACCAACCAUUGCCGGAGAUACCACAGCAGGCGCAGCAAUCGAAGAUCUCACCACAACCGCUGUGCGCAGCCAAUCUCAAUCAGUAUCGCUCAUUACAACGACCACAGGCACAGAAAAUGCAACUGCCCAGCGGCGCCAUGCCGACGCAGCAGCAACAGCCACCCUCGUUGCCGCCAAAGAAGAAGUCGUCGCGCGAGAUUAGCACUUCUACGGCGGGCGGCACUUUAAAUGCCAAUCACUUGCAGACUUUGCCACCAAAAUCUGCCAGUUUGCGACAGCAGCAAAACGCCACCAACGCUUACAGUUACGAGCGCGAACGUGAGCGUGAGCGCGCAGAGCGCCACGAACGUCCGAGACGCGCGGAAACGCUUGAUAAUGCGCGCACUGCCAGCAGCGGCAGCAUGGCUUUCAUUGAGCAACAAUUCACCAGCGGUGGCAUGAAGAAGCAACACUCUUAUGACUCGUAUACGCUGCAGCAGCAGCAGGCACAGCGGCAUGCGGCUGCAACCACGCCCAACAAUAACUACCACGGCGCAAUCAGUAGCAAACACCAACAACAACAGCAGCAGCAACAAUACUUAAUUGAGGCGCAACAGCAGCAGCUGUACUAUCGCUCGCUGAAGCGCGGCGGCUCGCAUGCCAACAACGAUCUCUACUCGGUGACAGAAUUGUAG